AUGGCACAGAAAGGAGUUCAGCUGGACCGAGAAACCUUCUCUUGUUCCAUCUGUUUGGAUCUACUGAAGGAUCCGGUGACUACAGCCUGUGGACACAGCUACUGCAUGAACUGUAUUAAAGCACACUUUGAUGAAGAGGACAGGAAGGGAAUCCACAGCUGCCCUCAGUGCAGGAAGACUUUCACACUGAGGCCUGUCCUGGAGAAAAACAUCAUGUUAGCAGCUUUAGUGGAGCAGCUGAAGAAGACUGGACUCCAAGCUGCUCCAGCUGAUCACUGCUAUGCUGGACCUGAAGAUGUGGCCUGUGAUGUCUGCACUGGGAGGAAGCUGAAAGCCAUCAAGUCCUGUUUAUCUUGUCCAGCCUCUUACUGUGAGAAACACCUCCAACCUCACUAUGAUGCAGCUCCAUUAAAGAAACACAAGCUGGUGGCCCCCUCCAAGAAGCUCCAGGAGAACAUCUGCUCUCGUCAUGAUGAGGAAGAGGAGUACAGAAGUCUGGUGAGGAAAGUUGUCGCAUGGAGUCACACAAACCACCUGCAACUCAACACUUCAAAGACUAAGGAACUGGUUGUGGACUUCGGGAGGUCCAGAGAAGGCCCACUGCCGGUUCAGAUAGAGGGGGAGGAGGUGGAGGUGGUCAACAAGUACAAGUACCUCGGACUACCAGACUCUCCUGAGCCUGAGACCGGACGCAGAUCUCCACAGGAAGACUGUCCUGACUUUAAAAGCAGGAAACUGUCUCCUGAUGAGAGGAUCACUGAGGCACCAGAUGCCCUUGAAUCUAAACCUGGACCCAGCUGUGUGUCUUUGAAGAGUGAUCGGUCAAAGGAGAACAUUGUCAACUUUAAAGGAACUAAAUCUACUGCUGCUGAAGAAGCUGAUCAGGAGAGUCUGCAGCAUCAAACUGAUCUGGACUCAAUAUUUAAGAUGCUGGAGGAAAACAUUAUCACUUUUGUGAAGAACGAGCUAAAGAAGCUGCAGAAUGAUCUGAAUCCAGAUUAUUCAGAGUGUCAGAGGGAUGAAGAGGAGGUGUUGGACAGUGAGGAAGAGAAGCAGAGAAGGAGCAGCAGAGAGGCAUUUCUGAAACUUGCAGUUAACUUCCUGAGAAUAAUGAAACAGGAGCAGCUGGCUGACUGUCUGCAGAGCAAAAAUCCUGAUCCACUUUGUGAUAAAACAUUUAAAUGUAACCUAAAGAAGAAGUUCCAGUGUGUCUCUGAGGGGAUCGCUAAACCAGGAACCCGAACCACUCUAAAUGAGAUCUACACAGAGCUCUGCAUCACAGAGGGAGGGACCGGAGAGGUCAACACUGAACAUGAGGUCAGACAGAUUGAAACGUUUUCCUGGAAACCAAACAAACCAGAAACAACAAUCAGGUGUGAAGACAUCUUUAAAGCUUCGACUGAACGAGACAAACCAAUCAGAACAGUUCUGACCAAAGGAGUGGCUGGCAUCGGGAAAACAUUCCUGACACAAAAGUUCACUCUGGACUGGGCUGAAGACAAGACCAACCAGGACAUCCAGUUCAUUUUUCCAUUCCCAUUCAGAGAGCUGAAUUUACUGAAGGAUACAAAGUUCAGCUUAGUGGGACUUAUUCAUCACUUCUUCACUGAAAUCAAAGAAGCAGGAAUCUGUAACUUUAAAAAGUUCAAAGUUGUGUUCAUCUUUGUUGGUCUGGAUGAGUGUCGACUUCCUCUGAACUUCCACAUCACUGAGAUCCUCACUGAUGUUACAGAGUCCACAUCAGUGGAUGUGCUGCUGACAAACCUCAUCAGGGGAAAGUUGCUUCCUUCUGCUCACAUCUGGAUAACCACACGACCUGCAGCAGCCAAUCAGAUCCCUGCUGAGUAUAUAGACAUGGUUACAGAGGUCAGAGGGUUCACUGACCCAAAGAAGGAAGAGUACUUCAGGAAGAGACUCAGAGACAAGGAAGAGGCCAACUCCAUAAUCUCUCACAUUAAGACAUCACGAAGCCUCCACAUCAUGUGUCACAUCCCAAUCUUCUGCUGGAUCACUGCUACAGUUCUAGAGAGUUUGUUAAAAACCAAACAGGAUGGAGGAAAACUGCCCAAGACACUGACUGAGAUGUACAUUCACUUCCUGGUGGUUCAGACCAAACUGAAGAACAUCAAGUAUGAUGGAGGAGCUGAGACAGAUCCUCUCUGGAGUCCAGAGAGCAGGAAGAUGAUUGAAGAACUGGGGAAACUGGCUUUUGAGCAGCUGCAGAAAGGAAACCUGAUCUUCUAUGAAUCAGACCUGACAGAGUGUGGAAUUAAUGUCAGAGAUGCCUCAGUGUACUCAGGAGUGUUCACACAGGUCUUUAAAGAGGAGAGAGGAGUGUACCAAGAGAAGGUGUUCUGUUUUGUCCAUCUGAGCAUUCAGGAGUUUUUAGCUGCUCUUUAUGUGCAUCUGACCUUCACCAACUCUGGUAUCAACCUGCUGAAAGAAGAAGAAACAGCCUCAGUGCAGACUGACGAGUCUUCAGUAAGACAGUUCUACCAGAGUGCUGUGAACGAGGCUUUGAAGAGUUCAAAUGGACACUGGGACUUGUUUCUUCGCUUCCUCCUUGGUCUUUCACUGCAGACCAAUCAGAAACUCAUACAAGGCCUGCUCACACAAACAGGAAUCAGCUCAAAGAUAAAUCAGGAAGCAGUCAAGUACAUUACAGAAACAAUGAAUGGCACUCUCUCUUCAGAGAAAAGCAUCAAUCUGCUCCACUGUCUGAAUGAAUUGAAUGACAACUCUAUAGUGAAGGAGGUCCAGCAUCACUUGAGUUCAGGACAACUGUCUAAAGUUAAUCUAUCUCCUAGUCAGUGGUCAGCUCUGGUCUUCAUCUUACUGUCAUCAGAAACAGAUCUGGAUGAGUUUGACUUGAGGAAAUAUUCAGCUUCAGAAGAGGCUCUUCUGCAGCUGCUGCCAGUGGUCAAAGUCUGUAAGAAAGCCCAGUUAAGCGGCUGUAAGCUCACAGAGAGAAGCUGUGAAGCUCUUUCCUUAAUUCUAAGUUCUCAGUCCUCCAGACUGAGAGAGCUGGACAUGAGUAACAACAACCUCCAGGACUCAGGAGUGGAGCUGCUUUGUGUUGGACUUGGGAGUCCACACUGUAUGCUGGAAACUCUCAGGCUGUCAGGCUGUCAGAUCACAGGAACAGGCUUCACCUCUCUGGCCAAAGCUCUGCGCUCCAACCCCGCCUAUUUGAAAGAGCUGGACUUGAGCUAUAAUCACCCAGAAGACUCAGGAAUGAAGCUUUUGUCUGCUCUAAAGGAGGAUCCACAUGUGAAACUGGACAUACUCUGUGUGGAGCCUCAAGGAGUCCAGUGGAUGAGACCAGGUCUAAAGAAAUAUUUCUGUGACCUGACGCUGGAUCCAAACACAGCACACAGAAACCUCAAACUGUCUGAAAACAACAAAGAGGUGUCACAUGUGAAAGAAGAGCAGCUGUAUCCUGGUGAUGAUCUUAGGUUUGAUCACUGGCCUCAGCUGCUGUGUACCAACAGUCUGAGUGGUCGCUGUUACUGGGAGGUUGAGUGGAGAGGAGAGGUUCAUGUUGCUGUAGCUUAUGGAGGAAUCAGACGGAAAGGAGAAGAGGAUGAAAGCAGGUUUGGAAGGACUCAUCAAUCCUGGAGUCUCUACUGCAGUGAAGACAGGGGUUACUAUGGAAAUCAUGAUUACAUAGGAAGAGCGAUCCCUCUUCUCCCCUCAGCGCUCUCUCACAAAGUAGCAGUGUAUGUGGACUGUUCUGCAGGAACUGUGUCCUUCUACAGUGUCUCCUCUGACAAACUGAUCCACCUGCACACAUUCAACACCACCUUCACUGAACCUGUAUAUGCUGGGUUUAGAGUGAAGCCUGACUCUAGUAUCCACCUCUGUGUUGACUCAGAAUAA